AUGCUUUCUUUUGCUGCCGUAGAUGCUGCCGAAUGGCUGGAAGACUGCUCGCAGCUGAAGAAACGGGCACGUGGACCACCCAUUUGUGGGGAGGUGACUUCGGUCUCGUGUGAGAUGGUGGGCGUUCAUUGGGCAGAUGCCUGGGCUCCGAAGGAUCCGAAGAUUGCCAUGCCAGCAGAGUGGGUCCAUCCCUCCAGCAUCCGACGCCUCAGCAUGAACAAUAGCCCUUCCGAGGGCUGGCUCUUGGGCGAGCAUUGCCAGGCGUCCGAGAAUCCCUCUUCGCCCUGUGCCGUCUUGACACGGACCACCACCCACACGACUGUGAAAUGGGCGAGUGGUCUUGAGGAAGACAUUGUCUCCGUGGAUCUCAUGCCGAGGCAAGCCUUCUAUUCGCACGAUUUCCUUCCACACGACUUUGUCGCAAGGACAGCGGAUGUGGAUCGGCUUGUCCCUCCACGAGUCGAAACACUGCAGACUCCCAGUCCCAACUUUACCUUCCAGGAUGGGUCUGUUCAAUAUGGAUCGACCCAGAUUGCAGAAACAGUGCUGCGCUUAGCUCGUACCGAAGACCGAGAGCUUUUUUCGACCUUCUUGGGGGAGGCGAGGGCUUUUCUUGACAACACUUUGUCACAGGCUGUGCAGUCUGGUCUCCCUACUUCAGACCAUGACAGUGAAGCGAUUUUCGUUCGUGUGAACAACGAGGAGAUCAUUCCCGCCCCUCCGCCGAUGGCCAGCCGGGACACGCUUGCGAGGCAAGUUCCUAUGGGCGUCGUUCAAAGCGUGGACCUGAAGGCCCGCACAGCCUUGGUGGAGUGGCGGUGCUCUCUGCAGGAGAAUCCGCAGGAGGUCAGCUUGUUCGAGCUGGCACCGCAUCCACUCGUCGAUGUUCGCCUGGCAGACAUCGUCUUUAUUCCACCCCAACAUUUGUCUCAGGACAAAGGAAACUGGGUCGGCCGGGUGACAGCCUUCUCCGGCUUCUCUGCGCAGGUCCAGCUAGUCUGUGGCAGGAGUGAGUGGUUCGAUGUCGAAUCCUUGAGCAUUGCCGACAUGGACGGGCACUACGAGAGCUCCGUGUCUUCCGACGAGGAACCGGAAGUCAUUUGGGUGAAGGAGGGGCCGGACAUGACGGACGAGCCGUGCCGAGCUUGCGGCAGUCGGGAUGCGAGCCCGAGUCGGGAGGCCGAAAGAGAGGAGGUCUGCGAGCACUGCGAGCAGUCCCAAAGCGAGACCUCGGAAGGCUCCUCCUCGUCUACGAGGGCGCCAGAAAUCCUGGCUUUCGAUGUGCUGCAAGAGGAUCUUAGCCCACUGGAUCACAAAUUCGUGGACCGCCCCUCUCCUGCUCCGAAGGUGCUGAUGCGAGCAGUGAGGCGAGAGCACUCAGUCUUGCAGAAGGGCCUUCUCGAUGGAGGAGAAGGCGUAGUUGCGCCCAUCAUGGUGCGCACUUACUCUUCCAGAUGUGACCUGUUCCGAGCAAUGGUGGUUGGUCCGCCCGGCACGCCCUACUCGGACGUGCCGUUCUUCUUUGAUCUGUCCCUGUCUCCCCAGUACCCGUCUGAGCCUCCUUUGGUGCACUUCAUGGCAAACUACGUCAGCAGUUGUGAGAAGUUGAACCCGAAUCUCUACAACGACGGCAAGGUCUGCCUCAGCAUACUCGGUACUUGGGCGGGACCUGGCUGGGAUCCACAAAAGUCUACACUUCUCCAGGUGUUGAUUUCGCUGCAAGGCUUGGUGCUGGUGGAGGACCCGUACUUCAACGAGCCUGGCCACGAAUGGGAGUGCAAUAGCGAGCACGGCCGAAAUGCCUCGGCUCUGUACAAUGAGAAUGUGCGGCUUCUGGUCUUACGCACUGCACUCAACGUGUCCAAGCAGCCUCCCUCCGGCUUCGAGGAGAUCGUGGCCUCGCACUUCGCCCGACAUGGGCCGCGGCUGCUCGGGGAGUGUGAAGAGGCUUUGCUCGAAGUCAAUGCUGGCCGCAGCAGCGAGGGUUUUCGCAAGGUCUUGGCGAGAAACCUCGUGCCAGGGCUGCGGGAACAAUGGGGAACCGCAGAGCAGCUGACGGCCUACGUGGGAACCCACCAGGAGCUCUUCACGCGCUUCCAAACCGCAGUGGAGCAGCUCGACACAGAAAAAGACAUGCGCAAGAAAGUGGUGUCGGAGCGCGACGACCUGAUCAAGACCCGGGACGAGAUUGCCCGGGCCCGGGACGAGAUUGCCCGGGCACUUGAGCUCGAGAGAGACAAGGCGGAGCAAGAGCGGAUGCAUGCAGAGCAAGCCCGCAAGGAGCUUGCAGAAGCGGAACCUCCAGGGCCCGCACAGCUGACAGUGAACGACGUUCUCAUCUCCGUGUGCUUCGAGGAAGUAAAGGGGGCGCCCCUGGAAGUGAAGCCGUGGGACACCAACUUCGAGGAGGUGGUGAGCAGUUGGCUGCAGGCUGCGCAGCGUUCGCAGAAUCUGCAAUCGAGCCUUGUGCGGUUGCCCUUCGGUGAGUCCGAGGGCUUGCCAGCGAGGUGGCAGGACCACUCACCGACGCACCAGCCAAAGUGGCACAAGCAUGUGAAGUCCAAGGCGCCUCAGGAAAACGUCCUCACGGUGUCCGGCUUGCAGGAGGUCUGUGGCCUUGCCUUUCGCCAGGAGGACCGAACUUCGACUCGAAGUCACAAUUGCAAUCUCAGCCUGCGAGGCGCAGAGCGGCAGACUUGUCCUGUGAUGGACAUCGAAGUCUGGUGGGAGGUGGUCCUCCGGCUGUUUCCGGAGGGAGAGUGCGACCAGGAUUUCGAUGGGCUGCUGCUCUGGGAGGACUUCCAGGAAUUCGUCCUCCGCGGUCUACAGCCGCUGCUCAAAGGUCAGAAGACGGGACAGAGCGCUGCAGUGAAGGCCAUGCUGCCCAUGACCUUCGCACAGAAGGCAAGCAAUCUGCAGGAAACUCCGUCAAGUGCCACGCCGACGGUGCUGAAGGAUCCAUCAGGAAAAUCCCGGGCCGUCGGCUUCGCAAACGUUGCGAUGGUGCCGAGCGCCCGAGAUAUGACAGACUUGCUGAAGGAGUACACGUUCCCGGAGAAUGAUGCUGCUUUGGGACGGGGUGCUUUCGGCACAGUUAUGAAGGAACAAGUCCUCAAUCGCACUGGCGAGGUGCGGGCCAUGAAGGCGGUGCGCCUUUCGGAUGGUGCGGAUUCCGCGCAGCUUCGGGAGCUGGUGGAGUUAGAGGUCUCCAUGCUCAAGAGCCUGGAUCACGUGAACUUGCUGCGUCUCCAUGAAGCCUUCCGCUGCAUGUACCUGAUCACUGAGCUCUGUGCCGGCGGCUCGCUGGCUGAGCGCUUGGAGCAGCAAAGGACGCUCCGCAAGCCAAUGUUGGAGGGCAUGGCAGCGGCCUAUGCCGAGCAAAUUCUCAGUGCUGCCAGCUACUGCCAUGAUCGAGGAGUACUUCACAGGGACCUGAAGCCGGAGAACGUCUUGUUCUUGACGCCGCGCUCGGACAGUCCGGUGAAGGUGAUCGACUUUGGGCUGUCCGACACCAUGGAGCGGAUUCGGCAGAAUUGCACGCAGGAGAUUCAUGAUCGUUCUGGUGCUCUUGGCGCAGUGGCUCGCCUGCUGCCAAAGUUGCCUGGAGGACUGGAGAUUUUAGCAACAAAGGAGACGAAAGAGGUAAUGCAAAGAGCUGGAACGCCUCACUACAUGGCUCCAGAGGUCUACACGGGUAUGUACGGCGACAGGGCCGACGUCUGGUCGAUCGGGGUCAUCCUCUUCGAGAUGCUUUCGAAUCGCCAUCCCUUCUACACCAGUGGAAACGACCUGGAAGCUGUGAAGCGUCGAAUCUUGAGCCCGGACGGGGCCGACUUCUGUGAUCCGUCUUGGGGCGAGGUGACCGCGGCUGCGCAACGAGCCUGCAGAGAAUGCCUGAUGUUGGACCCAGAUCGGCGACCAUCUGCUCAGCGCAUGUUGGCACAUAAGUGGUUUGACACAGUGCCUCGGCUGGCUUUGGGCAUGUCCGGAGGCAUGGACAGCGGACGCUCAGGUUUCUUGGCCUUGGCCAGAUCUCCACCGCGGAUUGCGGCUUCACAGGUUGUCGAUGCCUUGCGCGGCUUUGCCUUCCCAGGCUAUAUUGGAAGCACCAGGGCACGUCUUCGACAGGCCUUCCUGCGGUUGGUCGGCCGGGAGCUUGCAGAAGCGCAGCAGGAGGGCCUCCGAGGCGCCUUUCUUCGAUUGGACUGCGAUGGGGACGGUGCUUUGAGCGCUUCAGACUUGUCUGCUGGGCUUCGAGGCACGACGCCAGACGAGCACAGAGACCGCGACAGCAGCGGCCUCUUUCCCACGUUGAGCCUCCGCGCCCAGAGCAAUGAUGCCGAAGACUGGCUGGAGGAGAUCAGGUCCUUGGUGGCAACAGCGGGGACAGUCGGAGACAAGAUAGGCUUCAGCGACUUCCUCGCCGUGAUGCUGCCAUACCAUGUCGCGGUGCAGGAGGCACAGCUCAGGAGCGCCUUCAGCCGCUUGGCGGACUCAAAGGGCUCCGGGCGGACUUUGCUGCCAAAGUCGACACUGCAGACUGCGCUGCAGGUAGGGCAAGCAGUUUCCGAAGAGGAAGUGGCAGCCUUGAAUGCCGGGCUUCCCGAGGAGCUGAGCUACGUGGAAUUUGUGCAGCUUGUGGGUCUGCAUCCCUAA